AUGGCGGGUGACGUCCUCAAACAGCAAGGGGAGUCCUACCUACAGCGCGGUCGCCUCUAUGUGUCCAACCUUGGCUUCCUCUCCGGUGGGACCAUGCACUACCACUUUAGCAUCACCCCCGGCUAUGUACAGCGCAAACUGCUCAUGCUGCUGGCUCCCUUCCUGCGGCGCUGGACCUACGCACGCAGCCCGGAGCACAUCUCCGGUGGCCACAAGUACCUCCCUCCCCGCCAGGACGUGAAUGCGCCCGACCUUUACAUCCCCUUCAUGGCGCUGUGGACGUACUGCAUGCUGGUCGGCAUCGGCCUGCUGGCCCGCGGCGGCUUCCGACCCGAGGCGGUGUACAACGCCGUGACCUCCGCUCUGGUGGCCUGGGGCCUGCACACCCUGGUCCUACGCGCCAUGCUGUGGUCGCUGGGCGCUGGGGCCGCGGCUCCCGCCCUGGAGCUGGCCGCGUACGCGGGGUACCCCUGGGUGGGGGCCUGCGCCACGCUGGCUGCCACCCUGCUGCGGAACCGCGUCGCCUACCACGUGGUCUGGGUGUACGCCUCCUUCGCCGCCGCGGUGUUCCUGGUGCGCACCAUGAAGCGCGUCAUCCUGCAGGAGUCGCGGACGUACAACCCCGACUCCAAGACGCACAACUACGUGCUGCUGGGGCUGGGUCUCCUGCAGUUCCCACUCAUGGCUUGGCUGGGACGAUUGCCGCGUGCCUGA